CGUAAAAAAUUGAGCGGAGGUGGCACACUAGCACGUUCGUAACGUUUGGUGAUUUAAAAACGAACUGUACGGACGAUAUAUAUCGAAGAAACUAAUUGGAAAAACAAGCUUGAACUUGUGCUUCUAAACUGCUGGAGAACUAUUUAUUUCGUUUGUGAAUCGCAUCACCUCACUUUUGGCAAUUAAGUUUGAGUAGGACUUCACCUGAAAUUGGGAUCGCUGUACGCAAGUUGUGAAGUUCAGCACACGUACACCGCCGCACUGUCAUGGCUGGCGAAGAUAACGCACGCCUGCACUUUUGUACAGUGCUAAUCCUGUGCUCUGUUGUAUGUCAAGUUCUUGGGUAUGGAGUGGAUCCAGCCUUGGAGGUGAAUCUUCUGGAGGCAAUUGCAAUCAAGUCAAGCACAGCUACGGGUAUCAGCCAAGUGCCAGGCUAUCACAACCAAGGCCCCGCCUACAGCUUUGAAGGAGGGGACAGAAGUCUUCAGGUGCCAGAAGAGUUCUUCGACAAAACCAAGAAACUGCUGGCAGCCACAAACGACUUCACAAUUGUGGCAACAGUAAAACAGCUCAGGAAAAAUACGGCCAGUCUGGUGUCAAUAGUACACGGUCGAGCAAGAUUUAUGGAGCUCUUCAUGAGCACGAGAAACAACGAGAUCCGCUUCUACUACCAGCACAACGGCAAGGUCAUGCUGGAGUCCUUUGAUCUCGCGGAGAUGACGUCAGAGCGAUGGGUGCGCAUAGCACUCAGCGUCAGCGGGCCCCACGUCCGGCUGUUCUACAACUGUGAGGAAAUAGCCUCACGCUACAUCCCCCAGCCUGAUCUGGUGAUAGAUGACGGGGAGUUGACGAUGUGGAUCGGACAGAGGGGACCGGAUAAGACUUAUUUCAAGGGUUCAAUGCAAGAUGUCCGGAUAGUAGCCAUGCCCCAAGGAUUCCUGACGCAGUGCCCGUCCUUGAAUCGUGACUGCCCGACCUGUGGUCAGUUCCAGGAAAUGGCUGACGGAAUUCAGGAACUCGAGGCUCGCCUCAGAACCCUGGAACACAAGCUUUUUACUGCAGAGACCCGUAUCGAGGAGCUUCAGCAGUGUCCUUGCGCGAGGUCAUGUGAGGUCAACGGAGCUGUGUAUGAGGAUGGCGAGACGUGGCUAGACAGCUGCAGACAGUGUACAUGCAAUAGUGGAAAGACAAAGUGCGCCCCCGUCACAUGUCCCAAGGUGUACUGUAAGAAUCCAGAAUACGAAGACGGACAGUGUUGUCCUUCUUGCGGGAAAAACUGCACGACAACUGGUGUCAUGUACGGACACAUGGAACAAUACCAAGAAGUGCGCAGCAGGGGAUCCAGGCAAUAUUGCACCACGUACACCUGCAUGGAUGGUUUAGUAACCAGUGAGAGGAAUUACGUCAGUGAGGUGUGUGCCACCCCUAAUUGCCCAGUGUCUGAGAGGGUCAGUGUGCACGGUCAUUGCUGUCAGUUCUGCCAAGAUACAGACCACUGCAGUCUUGGCCACACGUGCGAGCCGCCCAAAGUCUGCGUCAAUCUCCAGACCAAGUACACAUGCCAGUGCCCCAUGGGAUUCACUGACCUCAACGGGGACUGCGUGGAUAUUGACGAGUGUGCUAGCGAGUCGGAGGGAGGGAUCAACCACCACUGCCACGAAGGCACCGUGUGCGUCAACACGGUGGGCGGUUACCAGUGUGACUGUCUACCGGGUUACUCCAGGCUGACAGACACCACCUGUGAACAAAUCAACGAAUGUGAAACUGGCCAACAUACUUGCCACAAGAGGGCGACAUGCAGAGACACUGAUGGCAGCUUCCAGUGUGUCUGCCAUGCAAAUCAUGCAGGGGAUGGCAAAUACUGCUCAGUUGUAUGUCGGAAGCCGUGUCUGAACGGAGGAAUGUGUAACCAGCCUGGACAGUGCGAUUGCCCACCCGGCUUCACUGGGGAACAGUGUGAAACAGACAUUGACGAAUGUGAAGUGGGAAGCCAUGACUGCCAGGCCAAUUCUAUCUGCAUCAACCUGCCUGGGAGCUAUCACUGUCAGUGUGAGGCUGGGUACCAGUAUGAGGAAGGAACCGGCUGCACAGACAUCAACGAGUGUCAGGUUGCCGACACCUGUGACUCAUCCCGAGUAUGCAACAACCUGCCAGGCUCCUAUGAGUGUCUGUGCUCCCCCUCGGGCGGGUGUUCGUCGGAUUGCGUCGUGAAGAAACAACGCUACGAUAACGGUGAAUCCUGGGAUGUGGAGGAGUGCCAGACGUGUACAUGCACGAGUGGGGUGGUAACGUGCAGGCCCAAGGCAUGCGACUGUAGCAGGAAGAUGUCCGAUGCUGAGGAGUACUGCUGCCCGCAGUGCCGGGCCACAAGCCAAUGCCUGCACCAGGAGUCGGCCACUGUGGUUUACAACGACGGCGAUACCUGGGACUACAGAUGCCAAAAGUGCACUUGCCAGGCCGGAACCAUACAGUGCACGGCACCAGACUGCCCUCCUCCCAACUGCCUACAGACCUACACGCCCGUCGGUGAAUGCUGCCCUCGGUGUCAGGUUCAUGAUGCCUGCGACACCGUCAGCAUAGCGGUCCAGGAUCCCUCGGCCAUGACCGGCUGUGAACACCAGGGGGCGUCCCACUCGCACAACCAGUGGUGGUUCUUAGAGGACGACCAAUGCACCGAGUGCAUCUGCCGGAAUGGCAACAUAUGCUGCUGGUACAACAUCGCUUGCAGUAGCUAGGCUGUGCCCCCUCCAUCUGUCAACACAACGACCAGCCACAAGAAGUGCGGGUACAAGACACAACACCGUAGGGUUUAAUUUCAACAUAUCAGGUUCCUAAUAAAAAAAAACUUAUACAUUUUAUUAAAUCCUCACCUUCGCCGAUCCUUCAAAAAAAAGAGAGGGAAAAAAGAGGUUUAGAAGGAUUUUGCGGAAAUAAUACAGCCACAAAUACCAAGCAAAAAUUUAAAAUUCUAUUCGGUUCCUGUGAAAUGGUGGAUUUUGGAGGAAGAUGGGUGGUGAUUCAGGUAAUUCAAUUUCAAUGCUAAUGGUAAAAUCCUUUUUUUUAGGCACUGUACAUAAGCUUUAUCAUUCUGGUUUGUAGGGCUCGCUCAAUGACGGCCAUCUCUGUAGGAGAACUGCAACUGCGUAUUUUACGCAAUCAAGCACGCAUUGCGCAGUGUUGAAAAUGUUCCAAACAUGCGCGCUUGUUGCUCGAAAUGCGUUCGAAAAACGACGCAGCCGAUGCGCAUUAUGCAAGUUGACGCUCAAAAUGCCAAUGCACGUGGAUGGUCUGUAGGAAAUGACGUCAUUUGAACGAGACCUAUUAGUCCCCACUACAUUGCUUAUUUUUAUUUUAAGAUUUAGUUUACUGGUUUUUGAAUGUACACAGGCAUAAAGCAUUCGUUUCAUUUGAGGUCUAAGGAGACAGUAGAUUUGGGGUGAGCUGAACAUGAAGACGGCAAGGAAACAGGGUAUUUGAUUGUAUUUUCUAAUACUUUGAACUGUCAAAGAGUGCUUGAAUGAAUUGCAAACCACGCAGCAUUUUAAUAUGAAUUGCAAUUUAACCUUUUUUCGUCUUCAAAACUUGUAAACCAAGUCUAACAAAGAAUAAAACUGUACAUGAAGUAACAUUUAUGUCAUUCUAUAAUUUUUGUAUCAGGUAUCAGGCUGUGCUAACCAUUGGCAAUUUUUUAAUGUUUUUUUACGGCAAGCAUAUUUCAGGGGUUUAAGCAUAGAAUUUUGGCUCAUGCGUACAUCAUGUAUGCUUACAGGGUUAGCACGGAAAUUUGCAAGUUCAAAAAUCUUGGACAUGUAUGCAAAUUAGGAACAGUAUUGUGCCUGGCUAUUUGUGAAGAUUUGACUCUACUAGUCCAGGCAUGCAACUUUUCCUCGGAUCAGCUAAUUUCCCUCGGAUCAGCUGAUUUCCUUGUUUUUCACUUCACACUUAUGCCAUUAAAAAUUGUAAAACACUGUACAAAGUCUUGUAAAGAUUGGAGUUUCCUCUUUUUUUUUUACUUCUAAGUUGCAUAGCUGUACUACAGCUUUGGGCUGCCACAAAACAUUAAUUCUUCAGACAUUUUUGCAUCAAGUAUCCUAGAAAUAAACACUUUUUUGUAUAUGUAUUUAAUGGUGUAUUUAUGACACAUACUUAAAAAACAAAUAAAACUUGUAAAUAUGAUAAUAUAGGUACUUACGCAUUUGUUUUAAGGGAGAAUAAAAAAAAAUGAGUUUCUACCGAGUUUUAAUGAAAAUAUAGUAAUCCAACUGAUCAGUUAUAGCAGUGGUAUUAAGGGUACAAGAAAUAUUUUUUUUUUUGGUUUUUUUUGCAAUUUUCUCACUUGAAGCAAAACAAUUCUUACAAUCUGAAGAACAUUGAAAAUAACCCGUUGAAGUUUUAGCUCAGUUAAAACCUAGAAUUUUUCAAACCAUAGAAAACCUUUGCAAAUUUCUUUUCCGUUGUAAUUUUCCGGUGCAUAUUUCGAAUUGCAGUCUCUCGUGAAACAAUCCCAAAACCGGCAUUUGGUAAGUGAUUCUCACCGAGGCGUAAAUAUUCUGGCGAUUUUUGGCAUCGACGCAGAAAUCAUUGACAGCUGAUCCAUAUAACUGAUUGCCACUUGCCUACUUAAUGGGUACACUCAUUCCCAUUGAUAGUUUUAAUGAUUUUCAUAUAUUUUUUUUCAGUUUUAUAUGCAUUUUGAUAGAAUAUUAUGUGUUACAUGUAUUUCUUUUUAAAGUACAUCUAAGCAUGCAUGGAAGUAUCAGUAAAAUCUCGAGAUUAAUGGUUUGUAUAUUUUUUUAGCUUGAUAUUUAUACCUUGUAUUCCUGUCCAAACAAACAUUUAUGCAUGUUGACAUGAUUUAUGUUAAAGGCUAAGAACAGUAAUUAAUCAUGUAGAGUGGUGUAUUAGAUAUCUGUGUAACAAGUGCAGCCAGAACGAAAUAAAAUAUAUUGGAACUUUCUCCGA